GCGCAAAGCAUUGUUCCCUCCUUCCAUCUGCAAACGCGACGCGACGCGACCGCACCUGGGCACCAUGGCCGUCAAAACGCCCGACAGCUUCACCUUCACGGUGGGAAAGCUAGAUGCUGGAAUGGCGAUCCUCCUCGGGGAGAGGGCUCACUUGAUUGAGUUCCCCUCCAUUCUAUUGCCUCCGGGCGCAACAGCGGGCUCCAUCGUCAACAUUGCGGUUCACCGGAACCAUGCUGAGGAGAAGCGGCGCGACGAGGAAUUCUGGGGUUUGCAGAAAGUGAUCCUGGAGGAGUUUGGGAUGCACUCGCCGGAGCCCCCAGAUUUGCAGGUCCGCAAUGUUACCCAGACGUCCGUCACCCUCGAAUGGCCGCCCAUCAAGCUCGCGACCGCCCGUCUACGCUCCCUCGAUAUCUUCCGCAAUGGCCAGCGGCUUGCCGCCAUACCCUCCGCGCUCACCAACACGUCCACCAAGCUCUCCGGCCUCGAGCUCGACUCCGAAUACACCUUCCAGCUCGUGCUGCGCACCACCGCGGGCACCUACCCCUCGAACAUCGUCAACGUGCACACGCACACCAUGACGGACACCUCCGGCAUCUCCGUCUGCUUCGGCACGGUCGAGAACCCGGAGCUGUUCGAGGCGAGCAAGGCGGCGCUGCAGGAGAUGGGCGCAAGGUGGAGCGACAAGAUCCAGAUCGACACGACGCACUUUGUGUGCACGACGCCGGCGACGACGCCCGCGGGCGCGCAGGCGAGCGGGAGCAGCGUGCCGACGAAUGCCCCCGGGAUCGAGUACCAGCGCGCGCUGCAGCUGAGCAUCCCGGUCGUGCAGCCGCAGUGGAUCCUCGCGUGCCAUGCGAACAAAAGAAUGAUACCCAUUGGCAAGUUCUACCUCGGGGCCGAUCCCCCACCCAUCUCCGGCCCCUACUCCCGCCCCCAGUCCAUGUCGCAGGCCAGCGUCAAGACACCCAUAAGCCCCCACGCUAGCCGCGCCUCCAUGCCCGCCCCCGCCCGCACGCCCGAAACCGCGUCCCCCUUCGUCAACCAAGGCCCGCAGUCGCCCAUCCAGCGCUCCCCGCCGCACCCCAUCGCGGAGGAGGAGUCCACCGACGCCACCGCCGGCGAGCCGCACAACCGCUCGCUGAGCUCGGAGAGCGCGCACAAGCGGAACGGGACGAUGAACCGCGAGUUCAAGUUCCCGACGCCCGUGUCGUCGCCCGUGGUCGCGCAGGGGCCCGUGUCGAUGGGGCUGGGCGCGGAGGCGGCGGCCGCGGAGGAGGCGAAGCGGGAGAGGAGCGAGAGCCCGAGCACCUUGGGGUCGUCGGUGUCGCGAAUCGAGGUACCGCCGCCGCCGCCGGUGGAGAAGGAGACGUCGGGGGCCACGGAGGCGGAGGCGGAUGGGAACGAUGAUGUGGGCGCGACCGUGGAGAUCCCGUUGUAGAUGGCUCUGUUCGCUAGUUUGGCUCUGGACUCUGGCCCUACUGAUACUGUUGUUGUGUAAUGCUUUCAUGGAGGUUUCUCUCGGAAUACCAUGGUUAGUCACAAGCGUUCUGAGAUUGACAUUGAUUUGACCUUGAAGAUGAGCUUUCUGCCAAUGAGAACGGUGCCUUCAGCCGGUA